GCGUGUGUGUCAACUAGUUGUUAGCUAGCGCUAGCUACCCAGUUAGCUAGCUCGUUGAAACAUUUGAAAACAGGCACCGUCUAUGCCAAGAAACAGCUGUUGUUCAUCAUGAGAGAGGACCUCCGCUCCCGCUGUAUGUCUGUCAACAUUUAAAGACAAAGAAGAUGGGGAACUUUGAGAGAACAAUGAUAAGUUAGCCAACAGUUUUCGGACAGGCGAUUGCCUUGCUCGAUAUAGCAUCCUGAGAAGGAAAGCUCUGAGAUUUUGCAAGGACUGGAUGCGGAAGGAGGAUAUGAGGCAAGCUGGACAACUAAUGCUAAUUGUAAGCUCUGCUGGGAUCCAACUGUGGAAAACAUUUCACUAUGAAUGUUUUUUCAUACAUUCAGUGGGUUACCAAUGUGCCAAAAAGUCACCUUCUUGACUACCCAACGAGGAUUAGGCUGGAGUGUGGCGACGUUGGAGCAGGGAGAGAGAGUAUAUGCUGGCACAAGAAUAUGCAAGGACUCUGAACCUCAACUGAAGUGUACAUAUCCAAGACACAGAACUAUUGUCCUUGAUGACACAGUCUUGGUUAACCUGCCAUCCCCAAUGGAAGUGCCAUCGUAGACACAAGAUACUGUGGCUCGAACUGCUGCACAGUUUUACGAGCUACAGCCUCGGAGGAAGCAUUUCAGCUUUUGGUUGAACUUGAAGGUAGAGAUGGGUUCCCAAGCUCUUCAGAUAUUGCGGCAGGGUGUGUGGGCUUCACUCACAGGAGGCUGGUAUGUGGACCCACAUCAGAGCACGUUCUCCAACUGCUUCCACCUCUACCUUUGGAUAUUUCUCCUGGCCUUCCCCUUUCUAUUGUACAUGGCUCUUCCUCCUAGCUUGGUGGUUGCAGGCGUGUACUCUGCCGUAGUGGUAGUCUUUUUCACGGCCAUUAAGGUGGUGAACUAUCGACUUCAUACUAUGUUCGACCUUGGGGAGAUUGUAGAGAAGAAGCAGGCCUCACUCACAGCCGAUGCUGCAAAGACCGACGAACGGGAAGAAGGUUCAGGCGGCCACGAUGGGAAUCAGCACAGGGAUAGUCAUGUUGGUGUAGAGAUGACUGUGUUUCGGAAGGUCAACUCUACACCCCCGGUGCGCUGUAGCUCCCAGCACUCUCUGUUUGGAUUGAACCAGGUGUCGGAGUUCUUGCCCCAGCUGGAGGAUACAGGAGGCACUAAGGAUAUCAAAGAGCUCAUGCGGGAACAAGGAAACAAUAAUGUGAUUGUUAGGUCAUCUCACCGGGAGAUCCUACGCCAGAGGUCCCAGGACACCAUUAGGGCUCCCAGUGUAGUUCAGUCCUGCAUUGCUGCUGCUUUGGGAGGAGAUUUCCCACGUCUCAUGGGAGGAUCUGGAUUUGGAGAACCUGGGGACUGCUUGUCCAUACCCCCUUCACCAUCCAGUCAAGAAGAUGGAGGAGAGAAAGAACAGUUUCAGGAAGUGGAGGAGUUACAAGAACACCUUUCUCAACAGAGUCCUAAGGACAAUGGGUUGGGGGCCUAUUCUCCCCUUGGCCCCUCUGCUGAAUCUGAGAGCUUGGGGGAUACUCCCCUUAGCCCCCUCAUAAAGAGCAGCUUAAGUGAGGAGCUGAGUGAAAAUCUCCUUGGUUUGGGCCUUGACCCUGUGGCUUUUGCACCUGGGACUGAGCACCCAGGCAGCCGCAGUGGGGUAGCACUAGCUGCCGGAUCUACGGACAGCUGUUUCAGUGCAGGUGGAGCCACCACAGACCGUGAGACGCUAAGCACAGUUAGCAGUUACCGCAGUGAAAAAACGGAUUCCACUCAGCUGGAAAGUCCAUCAUUCAGCCAGCCCCAGCCUGCAGACGGACAGGCUUCUGACUCCACAUCACUGAUAGGCUCCAACAUCCCCAAGCCCUCAGAGGAUCCAGCAGGACAGGGUGGCAGUGAUACUGACAACCUGUCAGACAGUGUGCUACUGCGCUCCCCUUCCAAAGAAUUCUCCCUCAGCCAGGGGCUAGACAGGACACUUGUUGAAGGAGAGGACUUGUCCCCCGUACCCUGUGAUAUUGCACAGCCCCGUCCUCUCCAUAACUCUUCCCCUUCAAGUAGUGGCCACUCAGAGGUUUGCGAUUUAGACAGAAAUGCCCCAGUUCCUCCUCUACCCCCACCUCGGCAGGCCAAUUCAGCGCCCUCAGGGCUGGCCCUGGGUCUUGUGUGUUCUGAGCCUGCUUUGCCCAUAUCCUCUACCCCCUUUUUACUGUCUGACCAGCAGGCUCUGCAAGCCCAGCAGGUUGUACGCCCUAAAGACUUAAAGCUGCUGCGGGCCAGUGGCAGUAGUGUAGGACACAGGCCAGGCCGAAGGAAAGCUCCACGAAGGCGAGCUGGAGCAGGAAGCAGUAGUUUUGACUGUGGCUCUUACAGGCGUCACCACAAUCACAGACAGCACAGAGAUUACAUCCCUGUGCGCAGCCGACUCGGCGCCAAGGCUUACAGUGAAAGUUUGUUUGAGGAUUCUAGCGAUGAGGACGACGGCAGUGACAUGAGCGCUGGUUCUAGCCUGGGCUCUCAGCGCAGAUACAGCUCAGAUGAUGAUGACGACGACGACGACGAUGACUCAAGUUCCUCUACCUCCUGCUAUUCCCCGGACCUCGCUAACACUGGUAUUACAUCCCCGCUCCCCCCUGCUGCUCAACUGCCCACUCCAAGGGAUGGGGAUUUACCUGAAACUGCUGGCCCCUCACAUUCCCGUGCUGCUCAGCGCUCUUCUAGCACUGCUAGUGCUAAGACUCAUGCAAGAGUGCUAAGUAUGGAUGGGGCAGGUGGAGGCCAGAGCAACACAGCAGCUUUGCCUUCUACUCUGCUUACAAUGCCCUCCACCUCCACCCCUGCACCUCGCACUCUCACCAUCUCUAAGUCUGAUCUGGAAGCCCGCACCAUGCAUACUGAAGGCUUCCCUGGAACUCAUCAUCAUCGGCUGGAUUCUCUUGGAGGCUCUUGGACUGGCAACCAGAUGGGCUGGAGGGCGGAAGAGCUGGUUGAAGAGGGAGCUGUGGGAGGAGCCUUGGCUUCAGAGGAUGGGGAUAAACACGACUCAGUCAGCAGUGUCAAGAGGACCCAGGCCAUCCGCAGGAGACACAACGCUGGGAGCAACCCUACACCGCCCCCUUCCACCAUGGGAUCCCCUCCCAGCCUUCAGGACCUCCAGCGGGCUCGUACCUCCUCUCAUUCGCGGACCCGCACACUUCCCUCAGCCUUACAGUUCGCCUCCUCACUCCUACUGCCCCGCAGUGGCAUCCAUGAGGCCUCCACCUUUGACGACACAUCAGAGGGGGCAGUGCACUAUUUCUACGACGAGAGUGGAGUAAAGAGGUCCUACACAUUUGGACCUGGUGGGGGUGGUUAUGAGGAUCCAGUUCAGGAAAGGGAAAGGGAAAGGGAAAGGGAAAGGGAAAGGCAGUCCCAGUCCUCGAGCUUCACCUCCACUGAGGUCCAGGAAGGGGCUCAAGUCCUGUCCAUGCUCCAGCCGAGACCUGUGGUUCUACAGGGCAUGCAGGUGCGCAGGGUGCCUCUGGAGAUGCCUGAGUUUGAUCUGGAUCAUGAGUCUCUACAAGAGUCCCAGGAGAACACGCUGAUGAUUGAGGAGAAAGCCAAACCAAAACAGUACUAUCGUUUUUGGGUUCUUCCUGGAAAGUGGCUGAGGGUUCGAUAUGAUCGACUGGCUCUUCUGGCCUUAUUGGACAGGAACCGCCGUGUGGGAGAGAACGUGUUUGCUGUGGUGCUGGCCAGUCUGGUGGCCUUCCUGGGGUUCCUACUGCUGCUCCAGGGUUUUUUCAGGGACAUCUGGGUUUUCCAGUUCUGCCUAGUCAUUGCCAGCUGCCAGUACUCUUUACUAAAGAGUGUGCAACCAGAUGCAGCUUCUCCAAUGCAUGGCCAUAACUGGAUCAUUGUGUACAGUCGGCCGGUCUAUUUCUGCUUGUGCUGUGUGAUGAUCUGGAUCUUCGACCUAUCUGGACGAUCUGGCAGCCUGCAACCCUUCUCUCUCUAUGGUGUCACCUUCUUCUCUGCACAUUUCCUGCUCUGUAUCAGGGAUAUGCUCAUUGUGUUUGCCUUGUGUUUCCCGGUCAUUUUCCUGUUUGGGUUGCUACCUCAGGUUAACACUUUUGUGAUGUGUCUGCUGGAGCAGAUUGACAUGCACAUUUUUGGUGGAACCGCUACCACCAGUCCCCUCUCCUCUCUGUUCAGCCUCAUCCGCAGCGUGUUGGUGGCUGCUCUGCUGUAUGGAUUUUGCCUCGGUGCUGUCAACGCACCGUGGGGGGAUGCCCAUGUGCCAGUACUGUUCUCUGUGUUUUGUGGCCUACUCCUGGCCUUAUCCUACCACCUCAGUCGCCAAAGCAGCGACCCCACCGUCCUAUGGUCACUGGUCCGGUCUAAAUUAUUCCCAGAGUUGGAGAACAGGACACCAGAAGAACCCCCUGUGGAGAUCAAGGACCCUCUUCCCGAGAAGCUGCGUAACUCUGUGAAAGAGAUUCUUCAUUCAGACCUCGUCAUGUGUCCCCUCAUGGCUGUGAUUACCUUCGCCAUCAGUGCCAGCACCGUUUUCAUCGCUCUUCAACCUGCUCUUAGCCUAGUCUUGUACUUCCUGGCCGGAGUCGUAGGUUUCAUCACACACUAUCUCCUGCCUCAGCUCCGCAAGCAGCUGCCAUGGUUCUGCCUGGCUCACCCUGUGCUCCGCUCCAGAGAGUACAGUCAGUUUGAAGUCCGAGAUGCUGCUCAGUUGAUGUGGUUUGAGAAGCUGUAUGCGUGGCUUCAGUGUGUGGAGAAAUAUUUCAUCUAUCCGGCUGUGGUGCUUAACUCCCUAACGACAGAAGCUCAAAAUGUGGGCCAGAACCAUAAAGAGCUGGACAUCUACAGCCGAGCUCUCUUCAUUUCAGUAGCAGGCAUGAAGUUGCUGCGUACGUCCUUCUGUGCCCCGUCGCAGCAGUACGUCACGCUGUGCUUCACCACGCUCUUCUUCCACUUCGACUAUCCACACUUCUCAGAGACCUUCCUAAUCGACUACUAUUUCAUGUCCAUUCUCUUCAGCAAGAUGUGGGAUCUGCUGUACAAGCUGCGCUUUGUGUUGACUUACAUUGCCCCCUGGCAGAUCACCUGGGGCUCAGCCUUCCACGCAUUCGCUCAACCCUUUGCCGUUCCCCACUCUGCUGUGCUUUUUGUUCAGGCCGUCUUUUCUGCCAUCUUUUCCACCCCUCUCAAUCCUGUCCUGGGCAGUGCCGUGUUUGUCACCUCGUACACCAGACCUGUAAAAUUCUGGGAGAGAGACUACAACACCAAGCGCGUCGAUCAUUCCAACACCAGACUUGCCACUCAGUUAGACCGCAACCCAGGUGCCGAUGACAACAAUCUGAACUCUAUUUUCUACGAGCACCUGACGCGCUCUCUGCAGCACAGCCUGUGUGGAGACCUGCUGCUCGGCCGCUGGGGCAACUACACUACAGGCGACUGCUUCAUCCUCGCCUCCGACUACCUCAACGCUCUGGUGCACGUCAUCGAGAUCGGAAACGGCCUGGUCACCUUCCAGCUAAGGGGUCUCGAGUUCAGAGGUACCUACUGUCAGCAGAGAGAGGUCGAGGCCAUCACAGAGGGGGUAGAAGAAGAUGAAGGCUGCUGCUGCUGUGAACCCGGUCACCUUCCCCACAUGUUGUCAUUCAAUGCUGCCUUUGGACAGCGCUGGCUGGCCUGGGAGGUGGCCGCCACCAAGUACGUACUAGAGGGCUACAGCAUCAGUGACAACAAUGCAGCCUCCAUGUUGCAAGUGUUUGACCUUCGUAAGAUCCUCAUCACAUACUAUGUCAAGAGUAUCAUCUACUAUGUGAGUCGAUCUUCUAAGAUGGAGGAGUGGCUGACAAAUGAGACAAUACAGGAGGCUCUACGGCCUUGUCUCGGGCCUAACUAUGUAGACAGUGACCCCACCUUCAACCUCAACAUCGAUGAGGACUAUGACCACAGGGCCUCUGGCAUUACCCCCUCCUCAUUCUGCAUGGUUUACCUAGACUGGAUUCAGUAUUGCAACAGCAGGCGUCAAACGCCGGUGACUUGUGAAAGAGAUUCUCCACUUGUCAGCCUCUGUUUUGGGCUGUGUAUCCUGGGAAGACGAGCUCUGGGCACGGCCUCCCACAGCAUGUCUGCAAGCUUGGAGCCGUUUCUCUAUGGCCUCCAUGCACUCUUCAAGGGAGACUUCCGCAUCACGUCUCCCAGGGAUGAAUGGGUGUUUGCAGAUAUGGACCUGCUGAACCGAGUCGUGGCACCAGGAGUCCGGAUGUCCCUCAAAUUACAUCAGGACCAUUUCACAUCUCCAGAUGAGUAUGAGGAUCCUAUGGUUCUGUAUGACGCCAUCACUGCCAAUGAGGAGAAGAUGUUGAUAUCUCACGAGGGCGACCCCGUGUGGCGCAGCGCCAUUCUAGCAAACAUGCCUUCACUGCUGGCACUACGCCACAUCAUGGAUGACGGCAGCGACGAGUACAAGAUCAUCAUGCUUAACAAGAGGUUCCUCAGCUUCAGAGUCAUCAAGGUGAACAGAGAGUGUGUUCGUGGGCUGUGGGCAGGCCAACAGCAGGAGCUGGUUUUCCUGCGCAACCGUAACCCAGAGCGUGGUAGCAUUCAAAACGCCAAACAGGCCCUGAGAAAUAUGAUCAACUCCUCGUGCGACCAGCCGAUCGGCUACCCCAUCUACGUUUCCCCCCUCACCACCUCAUACGCCGGGGGGCACAACCAGCUCCGGUCAGUUUGGGGAGGCCCUGUCAGCCCACACAACAUUUACACAUGGCUCAUCAGUAGCUGGGACAGGUUACAGAAAGGUUGUGGUGCUGGCUGCAACAGCGGGGGAAACAUUGAGGACUCGGACUGUGGAGGCGGCUCAACCUCCAUCUCUACCAACCCAGCCGUUCACACCACCCAGAGUACACCCGCCUCCAGCCUUCCCCAGCAGCACAUCACCACUGUCCAGCCCUUCAUGGGUACAGACAACCCUGUAGGUCCAACCCAGAGCUGGCCUCACCACCCCCAACCUCUCCCAUUAGCUCUGCUUAGCCAAUCAGAGGGCAGGAUGGAGGCAGGACUGCUCACAACCCUCCAGCGGACAUCCUCAAUCCAGGGGCUCCUGUGCCAGCAGCUGUCCACCUCCCACUUCUCCUUUAGCAGCUCUAUGGCUCCUCCUCCUCUGCAAGUCCCAGAGCGCAUCUGCCCAGCGAGCCACCUGGACAACUCGGGGCACAGAGCAGGCCAGCGGGCUGGCCUCGGCCAGGGAGGCGGACUACACUAUGAGAGCCACUUUGGCAAGUGGAGUUUUUCUGGCAGGAAGGGCUUUAAUGGAACAACUGCAGUGGAGGGGGAAGGAAUAACAGUACAGACCAUACGCACACAGCCUACUCCUGCACCCCUACAAGAGGCCAUUCUGACACAAGAUCCUCUGGGAGCCACUCAGACGAUGGAGCCCACUCCGCUGACUGCAGGGGACCCCCCUACCCCCCGAGAGGAAUCCACAGAGCUGCCUUUACUUGAGCACCUGCGCUGAGUCUGCACUGGGAGACCCCGAGUGACAUGCUCUGCAGUGAAAGCACACGGCGGUCGAAUCUGGACCAGACUCAUUCCACGUACUGGACUCAUUCCAUCAACCUUAACCUCUUACGGCCCACUGCAAUACUGGACGGAUUUGGUUACUUACACAUCACCCCCCCUCCUUCUCUGCCAAAGGAGUUAAACAUCUGAUAGCAUGCUGAACUGAUGCACGUCAGAUCAUAAAAUGAUUUCCGCGUACCUGUUUUUUCCAAAGUCAGCUUUCAUCAUGACUUCUGGUGAUAUACUCGUUCUUAUCUUUGUUUUCUGACAAAGGCACUUGGUGUCUCUAUGGACAACCUUUAGGUUGUAACAGUAGUGACAGGCCGGAAAGGCCAGUGCAAUUAUAAGGGAUAUUUUGUUUGAGGAUUUAUUAUUUUUCUAUACUGGAGGAUAGGGGAUCGCCUCAGACUUUGGUAUCUGCAGCAGCAGUUUUUAUUGCAUAACCAAUUUAAUAAAAAAUAAAGCUCCUACGGUUUGUUGCUGUAUGUGCAGGUGAAGGAUAUAUGGAAACCAUGAUAAGCCUUGUUUUGUUUUUUUCCCAUUUUACCAUCCUCACCAGACCUACAGUUUCAUGUCAAACAAUAUUUAACAGUAUAUUGACCAAUUUCAGGAGCCUCCCCUUCUUCUCCUUCCCUGCACAUUAUACAUAUUCAGCAAGAAAAAAAAAAACACACCCCACCAAAAUGUCAUCUCUGUCCUCUGGCCUAUUUCCUACAGAGGUGCCUGACAACAUCGACACUCAACAGUUCUGUCUUGAAGUAAGUUUCAGGUGGGAAAAAAAAUGUCCUUCCAUGCCAGCCAACAAGUGGUGCUCUAACUGCUAGUUUACAGUCUAUUUAGGCCUGGAAACAAGUCCUGAAUCGGACUAGCAACACAGUGAUGUGGGUUGACUUCGGACGGAGCUGGUGUCCAUUGAUCAAGCGGAGGGUGAUUCCAAUCUGUAAAAAUUGUGUCAAUCACAGACCUACAAACUGGAAGUGUUAGGAACUUAAAGCCUUUUUGUUUGGGUGGAAUGUCUCUUUAUUUUUUUUAUUUUUUUUUAAACUUGAAUAGGCGCACCAAUUUUGUUUCUUUGGAUGAGUGAUCAAUGACACCCUCUCUGGUCAGAGCCACUCAGCUCAUGACUUUCUAAUAUAAAGGGACCCAGGCUGCUUUGUGAGGGGAGCUCUGUUUUCUUUGCCUGCAGUAUGGCCCUUCCCGUUACUAUACUACUGCUUUUGCAUCUCCUGCUACUAAUAUACCCACUACUACUGCUGUUUCUACUGUCAAAUCCAGCGUUUUAGUUGGAAAUAAACAAAGUUGAAUAAAUACUGAGAGCAAAGGUGGAAUAUUUAUUUUAUUAAUAUUGUCUUACAGAUAUCUUUAACAGGGUUUGUCAAUAUGUUGUGAUGAUGUAACAAAUUGGAAAUCUGCCUUCUGUUAACUGUACCCCACCCCCACCCCUCCCUCAAUUUGUUUGGUGUCAUCACAUUUGUAUCAUCUCACUAAUGGCUGUUAUUUCUUUUUUUUUUUAAAGUCUCUAAUACAACUGGAAGUAUUCCUGACAAGUCACUUUAAGUUUCCCACUUCUGCACUCUCUUUGUUCCACCACUGUGAGAAAAGCAAAUUAAAACACUGAUUGAGGGUUGAUGCCGAUCACACAAAAAGAAGCUUGCAGCGUGACCAAAUGCGGCCCCCAAAUGUGUUUUUGUCUCCACGUGUUGUCUGCAGCGGUUGAAUGAUUCUGAAAUAACCUUGUGCUACACAUCAAUUGUUGACAGAAGACUUGUCUCGUCUGCUCACCUGCAACUGCUGCUUUUUCUCACCAAAUUAUAUCUUAGAAGCAGUAUUCCCUUUGAGGAAACUUGAAAGGAGGCCAGCGUUCUCAGGGUCUGUAAUGGGAAAAAAAUUUACUUAUCUGCAGGAAGACUUUUUAUUCAAAAGGAAGAAACUUGAAGGGGGGAUAAAAGAAUAAGUGCCAGGGUAAUGAGCCAGGUGGAGUACCGGGUCACACUGACAUUACAGAAGACGGCCCCCUUUACAGCAUUUUCUCUCUGGAUUUAAGUGUUCUGCAUCCUGUUAAAGCCACAUUUUGUUGAAUAAUGUUGACUGCUGUUCAGCUCCUUUCAAAAUGAUUAAUAAGGCACAGACAAAGUAUAAAAAAAAGAAUUCUCCUUUAAAAAAAAAACCAAACUUUUUAGCAGCCGUGCUAUUUUUGUCAGUCUCGGCUGUAAAGAAGCUGCGACAGGUGGAAAGUGCAGUAGUAUCCCUCUCAAAACCGGUUACUAACUCCCUCGACUCAGGAAAAACAGACUUUUGGAUCACUUCUGUUUUCUGUUUUUCUCUUCUCCCGUUUCAUCUUGUUUCCAAAGCAACGCAGUAUUCUUUUUUUCUUUUUUUUUUUGCUGGGUGUGUGGAAAGCACAAGAUAACGGACAGACCUGGGGGUCAAUAAAAAAGGGAUUUCUUAAUCUCUGAAAUGAUGUACAGCAUGUUUCAUAUAUGAAUAUAUAUUUAAAAUAUAAAUCUAUUUUAUUAUUGGAUUUUGGGUUCUUUUACAUUUAUUUCACCAUUUUGAGGUUUAGGGGAGGGUAUCUUGUGUUUACCCAUCAAAGGGGAGAGCUGAGUGGAGAGAGGCAUUCUUCACAUUGAAAUGUGCAGUUUGGAAAAAAUAAUUUAAUACUUCUUUUGCACAAAAUGUAUCAUACACCAUCCCACUUUGUUAUCGUUUUAGUUAUUUUAAACAGGGGGUCUUUUAUUUAAGAACUUUAAGUCGAUGUUCAAUGUUCUGUACAGUUUUUUAUGUUUAUUUCUCCUAUUUAAAUUAAAGGUUUUUGUGUCAUCGUU